AUGAGAGUCAAUAUUUUAAAAUAUGUUCUUUUUACAAUUGUUAUUUGUUCUUUUGAAUAUGCCAAAAAUGAAUUAUACUAUGUAAAUGAGAGAAGCACAUGCCUUGAAAGGAAUGUAAUAAACUUUAGAAAUAAUAGGAUAUUAGCAGAUCCAUAUAAUAAAGCGAGAGACAUAAUUUAUGGAUAUCGAAAAGUAAUAAAUGAAGUACCAAAAGAGUCUGAGAAUAAAGGGAAUUAUGAAUUCGAAAUAAAACCAAUAAAAGAUAAAACAAUAGAAAAAAAAGAUGAAGAUGAUUCUGUAUCAGAACAAAGCAGCUUUGACGAAUUGGAAAAUAAAGGACGAUUCUCUGGGGUGAAAUAUAAUAAGAUCAAUUUAAAUGAUAAUCAUAAAAAACUCCAAUCUAAUCCCAAUAGAAAAUUAACGAAACUCGAACUACUUAAGAAUCCUUUAUUUCUGGUGUUAAAAAUUUGUGCGGUAAUAAUAUCAAAAGCAAUAAAAUUAUUAGUAUUAUUUGCACGGUUUAGUUUGUUCAUAACUAAGACCUGUUGGAAAUCCAGAAAACGUCGCUUCUAA